AUGGGCGAGGAUGCAUUCAUUAUUGUUGGUGAUGCCAAAAGAUUUCAGGCUACGAUUUCUAAAGUCGGUGCGACUUUAGUUGACCUGAAAGUAAACAACCAAUCUGUGGUUCUGGGAUAUCCGGAAAUCGGAGAUUAUUUGUCUGAUGGAGGCAAUUACCUCGGUGCAAUCGUGGGUCGCUACGCCAACCGUAUUUACAAAGGUGUCUAUAAUUUACAGGAUGGCCCGCACACGUUGACUGUUAACAAUUGUGGUAACGCUAACCAUAGUAGUAUCAGCUCUUUUCACCGCAAGACAUAUAAGGAAUCUUUACUCAAAGCAAAAGAUGGAAACGUUUAUGUUGUUGAACUGCUACUGUUUGAUGACCACUCACGAACCAAUGAAUAUCCCGGGGAUUUGGAGGUCACUGUAAAAUAUACUUUGAACGUUGAUGAACUGACUUUGGAUAUGGAAUAUCGCGCAGAAUUGAUAAAUGGAGAUGCUACUCCAAUUAAUAUGACCAACCAUACAUACUUUAAUCUGAACAAGGCCAAGGGAUCUUCUAUCACUGGAACAGCCGUUAAGCUUUGUUCAAACAAGUCGUUAGAAGUCAGUGAUGGGGCAUUAAUCCCGACCGGUAAGAUCAUCGAAAGGAAUGUUUCUACUUUUGCUUCUGAUCAUCCCACCGUUCUGGGUAGUGAAGGGCCUCAUUAUGACAACUGCUUCGUUGUUGAUGAAAACAAGGAUUUGCAUACCACCGAUUCUGUGAGUGUAAAUAGUUUGGCGCAUAUUUUUACUGCAUACCAUCCUGAGUCGAAGAUAUCCUUGGAUGUUUCUACAACAGAGCCAAGUUUUGUUUUCUACACUGGUGACAAUCUAUUUGGUGAAUUUGAACCAAGAUCAGGAUUUUGCGUCGAGCAAGGUAGAUACAUUGAUGCAAUCAACCGUGACGAAUGGAGAGACUGUGUUCUUUUGAAACAAGGAGAAGUCUAUACUACAAAGACUCAAUACCGCUUUAAAUUCAACCAGUAA